GAACAACAUCAUCCAUUCAAUUCUGAUCUUGCAGUAACGAAUAAACUGAAAAAGAGUGAAAACCAUCGCACUGUACGUCUGUACCAUAACUUCCACCACCGCCGCCGGCGCCGAUCACCACCAUUUCCGGCGACUCCACGCUACAACAACCGUGUUUGAAGGACUACAAAAGUGAGCAUACCAUGGCUUUGUCCCUUUCUUAUGCAAUCACAAAGCCAUUUUUGAGGGUCCAAGACAGAAGCAGCAUGAACUGUGAACUUCAGAGACCCAAAAAUGGUGUUGUAGCUUUGAUAAGGUGUGAAUCAAAAGAGUCAUCAUCAGAGUUGCCAGAAAAACAUUUCAAGUUGGAGAUAGGGUCACCCAUUAUUUUCAUUGAAGCUCCCAAGAUGAUCAAGACUGCAGCUACUAUGCCCUGCCUCAGGGUCAAUUCUGGUCUAGUCAAACCUGGUGAUGUUGGAAGGAUUGUUUCAAGAAAACCCAAAGACGUGUGGGCAGUGCGGCUAAGAAUUGGAACUUAUCUUGUAGAUGGAAAAUAUUUCAAGCCCUUGGAUUUGGCUGAGUAUAGCUGAAUAAUGACUGAGAAAUUGCUCCCAAAACACAAAGACUCAAUGCCAACUUGUUAGAUGACCCGUGGCAUACCAUAUUUUGUAUAUUUUUACUGCAUUGUGCAAAUUAGUUGAGCAAACUACAUGAAAUUAAUGUUUCUCGUAUUUCUUUUAAAUUUCCUUAUUUUAUUUAUUUAUUGGUAAAAAUGUUUACGUAGAGAAGCUUAAUAAUGUGUAUAAUGUCUAAAUGACCAUAUUAAUAUUAAGCUGUUUUUAUUUGGGA